AUGGUGGAGAGAUUGGGGCUGACCGAGGUAAAACACCCCAAAUCAUAUCGUCUGCAAUGGCUGAAUGAGACUGGCGUCGUUAAAGUCACCAAGCAAGUGAAAGUGCCAUUUCGCAUUGGGAAGUAUGAGAAGGAGGUGUUGUGCGAUGUUAUUCCCAUGCAGGCGAGCCACAUCUUGUUGGGUAGGCCGUGGCAGUUUGAUAGACGAGUUACUCAUGAUGGAUUCACCAACAAGUACUCCUUUGAGUAUAAGCAAAAGAAGGUGUCACUUGUCCCUCUUAGCCUUAAACAAGUUUAUGAGGAUCAAGUGCAAUUGCAAAAGGAGGCGGAUAAGGUGAAGAGUAAGAAGCAGCCGGUGGAGAAGAAGGAGAUUGGAUUGACACAUAAGUCCUUCCUUGCUAGGUCUUGUGAUUUGAAGUGGUGCAUGAAGGAGGAGAGGCCGAUUAUUGUGUUGCGGUUUAAUGAGAACUUGAUUAUUACUAAUGAUCUCUCUUCUCUACCCCCUUCUAUCCGUUCGGUUUUGCAAGAAUUUGUUGAAGUUUUUCCCGAUGAUACACCGCAUGGUUUACCACCAAUUCAAGGGAUUGAACAUCAAAUUAAUUUUGUGCCUGGAGCUACUCUGUCGAACCGACCAGCCUACCGAACCAAUCCGGAGGAGACAAAGGAGUUGGAGAGGCAAAUCGGCGAGUUAUUAGCUAAAGGGCAUGUGAGGGAGAGUUUGAGUCCUUGUGUGGUACCUGUUCUACUCUUACCCAAGAAGGACGCAAGCUUGAAGAUGCGAUUGUCGAGCCAUCAAUAA